UCCUCCGCCAUCGAAACUUCGCCUUGAAAUAUCUCAGAGAUGCUGCCGCACGCCCUAAUCACCCUCGCCGCCACGGCAGCACUCAUGUUCCAAUCCGCCCACGGUCUGCCUGCCGGAGAAUUGGAGGACCGCCAGGCCCCCGGUUGCCUUAUCAGGACCCAGAGGUUCGAGAACGAAUUCCCGUCGUGCCCCACAGACUCGCCGCCCGUGCCCACAUGCCAGUCUGGACGAGCCGGGCGUCAGCUGAGCUGGGUCGCAGACCCCCCUGUUCCUCGGGGAAGUCGGUCCCUUUGCUCUGGGACAUUGCGGUACGAAUGUUGUGGCGACCGUUGAGAUGAGAUUAAGACUAUAGAAUUGAAAGGGCUUACACACAUGAAGGGCAAUUUGGAGGUGCUUGGAGAGAGGACUUGACUCGGCCUGGCUGCUCGGCAGAAACGGAGAUUCUGCUGCGGGCUUCUUCCAGGACAACGGGCUUUGUAGGGACCUGAGACGCCUAGAAAAGGGCUACUGACGACCUAGUUAGGCGGCAUAGCGCAGGCAACGUGCACUUGAAUAGUUAGACAAACAAC